CAAAGCGUCAAGCGUGCGACCAGGUUGCGCCGUCGGGACCUGCGAACCAGCUCUGCAACUGCCAGCCGCCCCAAGAAGACCGCGACAAUGCCUCCAGCUCUGAGCGACGAAGAGGCCUCGGACUACGAGAGCGCGCCGCCCGUCAAGUCGUCGCGCAACUCGGCCUCGGCGAGCGAAGUGGACGACGCGUCGACGAAGCCCCGGCGGAAUGGACGGGCCGCAAGGAAGGACCUGAAGGAGGUGGACGACGAUGUCGACAUUGACGAGGAUGUCGACGUCAAGGAUGCGGACGAGGAGGACGAGGAAGACGAAGAGGGCCUCGAGGAUGAUGUGUUCAUUGUCGAAGCAAUUAAGAAGCACAUGAUCGACGAAGAUGGAACGCUCAAGUUCCACGUCAAGUGGGAGGGCUACGAGAAGAAGUCGGACAUGACAUGGGAGCCCGAGGAGAAUCUCAAGGAGUCGGCGGGCGAGAUCCUCAGCGCCUACCUCGAGUCCAUCGGCGGGCGAGAAAAGAUCUUUGAGGAGACACAGGAGGCUUCCAGGGGCAAGAAGCGCGGCCGCACGGCGAGCUCGACUCCGGCCGCCACCACGAAGCGGUCGAGGAGGAACGGGACGCACCCCGCGGACUCGGCACCCCCGGCGACGGCGGACAAAUGGAGCCCUCCGGCGGGAUCGUGGGAGGACGAGAUCCAGACGAUUGACGCGUGCGAGGACGAGGGCAGCGGCCGGCUCGUAGUAUACCUUGUGUGGAAGAAUGGCCGUAAGACGAAGCAUGACACGAAGGUCAUUUACAAGAAGUGCCCGCAAAAGAUGCUGCAAUUCUACGAGCGCCACGUCAAGAUUAUCAGGGAGGAGAAUAAGGCUUUGACUGAGUGAAGACGCAAACACUGCUGCUGGAUCGGACACGGCACGGAGGAGUGGAAUAAGUGAUUUCUGCGACUGCUUUAUGUCCAUGGUCUCAAGACUGGCGUAUAACGGGUCGCAUCAAGCCUCGAUUGUUUUUUUGGAUUUUUUGAUAUAAUUUUCCCUCUGCCUCUGUCUCUUGGUUUCCUCUACAACUCUUCAUAGUUUCUCCUGGAAGGGAGCUCCGAUUUGCGGUGGGCAGUGGGUUUGUGCCUGUCGUGUUGUGUUGGGGCUGGGAUGUACUUGAUGGGAAGGACGGGCAGCAAGUGUGUGUAUCAACAGCUACGAAGUACGAGCCCAGGUAUUGUUGAAAG